UCGUCUUUCUAUGGACGUACAUACGAAGUUAUCCAUUGAAAAAGGUUGCAUUUACGGCCAACGGGUUUAUUCUUAGUUAUAGGAGUAGUUAAAUUGUAUUAUUAAAAUUAAAUUUCUUAUAUACGAAUAUGAAUCAUUGAAUAGAACAAAUAAAAAAUCAGUGACAGGUGGUUUGACGUUUAUUCGCCGCCAUCGUUAUUAGCGACAGUGAUCUGCCAUAUUGCGCGUGAUAUAAAGAAUUGUAAUACACUUACGUUAUUACAGUUAUUAUAUGUGCAUUCAAUACGUUCAUUUAUUGUUUAUGUAGUAACAAUAAUUGUAAGCAAUUGCCACAAUUGAAUUUGUGAAAAAAACACUUCCUGAUAGUGUGCUAUAAGACGAAACAAAAUGUCAACUGGACCGUAUAAUUACUCUUAUAUCUUUAAGUACAUUAUUAUAGGAGAUAUGGGUGUAGGGAAAUCAUGUUUACUGCAUCAGUUUACAGAAAAAAAAUUUAUGGCAGAUUGCCCACAUACUAUUGGUGUUGAGUUUGGAACAAGAAUCAUUGAAGUGGCAGGCCAAAAAAUAAAAUUACAAAUUUGGGACACUGCAGGGCAGGAACGUUUCAGAGCAGUUACAAGAUCUUAUUAUCGAGGAGCAGCUGGAGCAUUAAUGGUCUAUGAUAUUACUCGUCGUUCAACUUAUAAUCAUCUUAGCAGCUGGCUUACAGAUACAAGGAAUUUAACAAAUCCAAGCACUGUUAUAUUUUUAAUUGGUAACAAAAGUGACUUGGAAGGUCAACGAGAUGUUACCUAUGAAGAAGCAAAGCAAUUUGCUGAUGAAAAUGGUCUUAUGUUUGUAGAAGCUAGUGCAAAAACAGGACAUAAUGUAGAGGAAGCUUUUCUGGAAACAGCAAAAAAAAUAUUCCAGAGCAUACAGGAUGGCCGUUUGGAUUUAAAUGCAGCAGAAUCUGGAGUUCAACACAAUCCCAGUCAACAAGGUCGUACCAAUCUUCAAGGAGUAUCUAAUGAACAACAGGGCGGGAAAGAUUCUUGCUCCUGUUAGGUCUUUAUUUGUUUGUAUAUAGAAACAUGAAUUCCUCGGUACUAUUAAUGCAUAUAUGAUUUAUACUAAGUAUAGCAAGCAAAUAGUCUCCUGUCUUUAUCCCUUUACCUUUGAUAAGUCAAAUCUACUUAAUAAAAGUUAUCGACUUUUUUUAGAAUUAAUUUGCAAAGAAUAAGAUGCGAAUACAUGAUUCAGUAUAAAUAUAUACAUACAAAUUAUACUGAUGGUAAUCAUUCAAUAUUGGCAUUGUGAUUGAUAUUUUAAUGUUAAAGCUUUUUUAUGAUUAUUGUCAUUCGAAUAUAUUUUCCAUAGGUCGUAUAUUCUGUUGCGUAAGAAUAUUAAAUAUUAGACAAUAUGUUAUAUUCACAAAUCUUAUAGUACACAUGUACAAGGUGCAUUGCACGAGAUAUACUUAAUCACAUGAAAAUAUGAUAAAUGUGAAUGUGACACAGUUAAGUAAGAUAUGUAUUUACUAUUGUAAAUUAAAUUCGUGGAACAAGAUUGAACAUA